AUGUAUUUUGAUUUUUUGUUUGAUACCAUAGGCAUCUUCAUUACUUGUGAUGUUACCAUAGAAGAUCUCAAUGUCUCAGUGCUUAUAGUAAUUUUGGAGAUGAACAUCACUAUGGUCAGGGAGUUCAUCCUGGUGGGUUUCCCCACUGCCCCAUGGCUGCAGACCCUGCUCUUCUUCCUCUUCCUUGUGGUCUACCUACUGGUGGUAGCAGAGAAUCUUGUCAUCAUGCUCACUGUUUGGGUCACUGGCUCCCUCCAUAAGCCCAUGUACUAUUUCCUGAGUAGCCUGUCUUUCCUGGAGGUCUGGUAUGUCUCCGUCACUGUUCCCAAGAUGCUGGAUGGGUUCCUCCUGCAGAGACGGCACAUCUCCUUCGCAGGUUGCAUGACUCAGCUCUACUUCUUUGUCUCCCUUGCCUGCACAGAGUGUGUUCUCCUGGCAGCCAUGGCCUAUGACCGCUAUGUGGCCAUCUGCCAUCCUCUUCAAUAUCCAGUAAUAAUGACCACGGUUUAUUGUGUGCAGCUGGUGGCCUUCUCCUAUAUGAGUGGCUUCAUGGUCUCAGUCAUCAAAGUCUAUUUCAUUUCACAUGUCACCUUCUGUGGCUCCAAUGCCAUGAACCACUUUUUCUGUGACAUCUCACCAAUCCUCAAACUAGCAUGCAAAGGCAUGUCCACAGCUGAGCUAGUGGACUUUGCUCUGGCAAUUGUCAUUCUUGUUUUCCCUCUUAUCACCACUGUCCUCUCCUAUAUCUACAUUGUUUCCACUGUUCUACAUAUACCCUCUGCCCAGGGAAGGAACAAAGCUUUCUCCACCUGCGCAUCUCACCUGACAGUUGUUGUCAUUUAUUACACAGCCAUGAUUUUCAUGUAUGCCAGGCCCAGAGCUAUUGCUUCAUUUAAUUCCAACAAACUCAUUUCAGCUGUGUAUGCAGUGCUCACACCCAUGCUAAAUCCUUUCAUCUACUGCCUAAGGAACCAGGAAGUCAAGAAUGCUAUCAAGAAGACAUUGGGGGGUGGCCAGUGCCUCCUGCUCAGCUGA